AUGCAUUCUCCACGCUUAAAACAAAGUUAUUUAAGAAAACCCGAGCAAUCCACCACCGCACAAAUGACCGCGUUUUACGAACACACUUUUACACCUCAAUUGCUCCACGUGACUUUGAACUCUAAAAAAUUUGCGAUACCAAAGCGCUGUUUUGAACCUGAACACGUCAAGAAAACAUGUGCGCCACUUUUGUUACAAAAAACACAGAAAUCUGAUCGAAUUGAAUUGAACGUGGAUACGUUACUUGAAGAACAAUUGCCGAUCUUUUUCAAUUACCUAAUUACACCAAUGGGGCCACCUCUAGUUUCUAAUGAACUGUUUGUCGCACUUGCCCUUCUCAGGUUUGGAGUUCGUAUUCCCGAUAUAUUCACAUACAUCCUUCCACUCAAUGAAGAAUUUUUGACACAGCAAAUAAUUCAACGACUCGAUGCCACUUUGAUAAAAUCGAUCAUCCUCUUCGACUCUGAAAAGUCUCAGAAAGAGUUCUAUAUAAGAGCAAUGGAAAAGUACCCACGAUACAGUCAAAGGGAAUCCUUCGACCAAUUAAGACAUUGGUGUGCCGUGCGGUGUUCGUUAGAUAUACAAGAAAUAACACAACUGAAAGACCAAGACCCCAUGACAGUCGGAUCACCACAACUGAAUUCACCAGAUAGUAAACAGAAAUUGCACAUCAGAAGAAAGAGCUCUCUUGGGAUUGUCAACUCUCCAAGUGACUUUCUGAUAACAACAUCUCCAACCUCAAACAAUGAAUUCAGCCCAAAUAAAAAGUCACUUAAUUCAACACCGUGUAUUGAAAGCUCGACAGAAUUGAGCGUCUCCGAGUUGACAAAACUCAAGUUGAAAGCCCCGUUGCGGACAAAGUCGAAAAAGUCGAUUUCGAAAUUUGAUGGGAAGAUGAAGGAAAGUCUCGCACAGAAUGAGGAAAAUGAGAAUUACAUCAACAGCAUACUUUACAUCCAGAAGAUGGUGCGGCACCACAUGUUACUCAAUCAGUACAACAUCGACUCUAUCAAAUUGCGUCUAGAAGCGUUCAAAGAAUUUGUCGACACGGAGAAGAGUCUUCUAAAGAACAUGAAUUUGAUUAAAGAACACUUCUCUUUGCCUUUGGCGAGUGAUAAGAACCACGACAAGGUAUUUGGACAUCUUGAUCAAUGCAUAACAUCAGGAGAGUCUAUUGUAAAGGUUCUAGAUAAUACACUUUUGAUGUAUAAAUAUGACACGUCACUUGGGAGUACUAUAGAUGGCAUUCUGGAGUUCAUGACAUCGUAUUUGAGGUAUAGUAUUGAGUACGACAUCAUCGUCGAUUACUGGAAGAUGAUGAAACAAAGCGCGUUAGGGCAGAGUACGGUGAAUGAAGCUAUCAAGUUCAUCCAACCACAAACACUCGAACAACUUUUGGUGCAACCAGUGCAAAGAGUGAUGAGAUACCCUCUAUUGAUCGAUGCAAUUAUAAAGGGCACGUCAUAUUAUAAUCCAGACUACGGAUUAUUAAAUAAGGCUCGGAAACACUUCCACAACUUCUGUACAAUAUUGAAUGAACGCAAAAAGAUGAAGGACACCCUUGUUGCCGUUGCGAAGGAACACGCGGCUGAGAUGCUUGUAAUCAGUGGAAGAUUUUUAAUCCACACAACUAAAGGAGAACUGAAAGAAGGCAAGAAGAAGACGCCCGUUGUCCUCGAAGUGUGUAAUGAUGCCAUUUUCUUCUUUGGAAAGAACGAUAAGACCAGCCAACUUCUUAAAAUAUUUGAAAUUGGGAAGGACCUUGAAAUUAGUACUUCUAGUAAUACUCUAACCCUCACAAGAGGGAAUGAUAGAAGUCGGUCGAUCUCUAUUUCAUUCAAAAAGGAGAAAAUCACGGACGCAUUUAAAAUCGCAAUAUCCAAGUCUGUGACUUCCGGCUUUUACAACAUCAAGGAUGAAGGCAAUUGGAAGGGGGAACUUGGUUUGUCCGAGUAA